UCCCGUUUGUGUGCAACUCUCCGCGAUAUGGAUCCGGAGGGAAAGAUUUUUUCGUAUGGCGCUAUUUCACUGACAAGGAAUCAAGCAGCCAUCUGCGCUCAUUCCACGUCCAGUCUAGGAGGCUUUGUGGGCGCACAGAGUCGUAACGGUAUUAUAAAGGAUUUCUACUCUGUUGACACACCGACACUGGAAUACAAACAACCACUGACGCCUAUCGGCAUGUUCCCGUAUCCACUAUCUGUUGAGAAUUUCACAAUCAUUCGACGUUAUGAUACAGUGGUGAAUAUAUGGAAUGAAUCACUUGCAAGCGGUGAGGUGAUGGAUCUUUCACAAUACUGGGUGGACAUGCCGUACCCACCGAUGUACGCCGCAUUUGUUUUUCCGUUCUUCGAGGUGUACGACGACAACUCUACGGGCGUGGGCUACUUGUUCGAGACGGUAUACACGGCAAAUGUCACCAGUAUGGAGUGGUACAACGCAUCAGAAACUGGAAUUCGCGUGAUGCUAUUAGGCACCAAGUUCCUAGAGGAAGGGCUGCUCGUGUAUGCCAACAACUGGGGUCAGCCACUCUCAAAUGUUUCAGAUGUGUGGAUGUCGACAUGGCAAAAUGAACCAAUGCGGUUCAUGUACGUUGAUGAUGUUACUGA